AUGGGACACAUCUCCAACUUUGACGCUGCUGUGAUGCUGGACCGGGGCACUGAUCGCACCUCAAGGCAGGUAGACAAAGUCAAGAUAUCCGCCGACUGUCCAGUCCACCGCCACGUCAUUUUGCCCCCCCCCCCCCGUCUGGUUUUCCGAUCAUUUUUGGCAGGGGACAGUGACGGCGUGCAACAAUUGAGGCUGCCAGUUAUGUCUGCGGUCAGUGUGGGGGGGCGAUACAGGUCACAGUGAGUCCGAGAUCAGAUUCAACCCCACAGUCGGCAUUAUCAGUCUGCGCAUCAAGAAAAGCGCUCCAUAUAAUGCGAACUGUGCGCAGUCUCUGAAGAUGAAUAGGCAAAAUCCCUACUUUAAACGUCAGCUCUCAAGCAAACCUCUCCUGGUAAACGUUUCUACUUCCUUUUGGAAAUGUAUUUCCGUACUAUUGUUGUGAAAUACUAAUGUAUUGGUCGUUCCGAUUUCUCGAGGAAUUUAUACAAGAACCUAAAGUAACUUCUUCGUACAAAACUUCUAGAGUUCAUUGCAAAAUGCGGUAGACUAUUUGGACUGAAAUCCACCAGUUCCAACAAAAUAAGUGCAUAUUAUUCACAUUCUGCCAACAGGCAGGCAAUAGUAUACAUAUACACAGUGAAUUUGGUACAUCAUAAUGUGUGCCAAAAUUUAUGAAACAUUACUAACUACUCGCAAAAGGACACAAACGAAUGAACUGAAACUACCAGUUCAUAAUGAAAGACUUCAAGUGAGUUGAAAACACAACAAUACUAAAUUAUUAUUGUGUUAUUUAUAAAUGACAUUUUUUUGAAAAUCGGAAAUUUUGGAAACGUCACAAAUGGUCGCAACCAUGCAAACUUACGUUUAAGGCGUAUAAAAGACCCGUUCGCGCAAAAACUGAGUGAAUAAGAUAACACGAGUAGAAUGAAGUUAAACAACAUUCCUUUAAUGAAAUUUGCACUUAAAUGUUCCGGUGAAAUCAGUGUAAUAUCAAGUAUGGCAGUUGGCCGACAGCCCACGGUUUGAGUUUAGAUUCCAAGAAAGUUUCACAUGGUUUUGCAUUGUUAGAGACGCGGUUGAUAAGGCAAAAAUACGUCCGCUUAAUUUUGCCUUUCGCACAUUGUUUGAGAUGCGGUUAACUAAGACAGACAGGAAUUCGCUCGAUUUCGCCGAUAGGGACGUUAGAGGAAUAAAAGUCUUCGCAAGGUCACAUGUUGAUAGGUCGGUCAGUGAGUAGUCAAAUUAAAUAAAAUUGGCAGGUGCAAUCACAAACAGAUCAGUUUGUGCAUAGUUAUAGGACUUUUCUUCCGUCAAUUUUUUAGCUUUUUCCCGUGUUGAAGCACUUCAAGUUCCAUAUCUUCCUUGAAAUAUCGGUCGAUAUUUGGCGAUCUUCAGUGUUUUCAAUGAAUUGCUCAUAAAGGCAGAUUACGUGCAGUAUGCCUACCACGGUCUUCAAAAUAAGAUUUUUCUUGAAGAAUUUUUCACGACUUUGUGAGUGUUUGAGCGUCCUUUCCAGUGCAGAUGGCCGUUUGGGUCACAUUUUUUGGACUCACUCAGACAAUAAAACUCAUCGCCGAGAAAAAUAAACGUCCACAACGCAAGUCAGAAUAAAUAUGCUGUACAUCAGUCAAAAACUUCUAUGCCAAGUUACCUCUUUAAAAGCUGCUUUAUUUUGGCACUUGACUGACGGAUAUCCGUCUACCUUACCUUUUUGUAGCGUAAAGAUGAAAACUGGAGCGUUUGAGCGGCCUUUCUACCUCUCGAGAAUAUAGUGAUAAUGUUUCCGCUGCAAUCGACAGAGCCCACUUUAAUCUUUAUAUAAGAGUCAUUUUGAUUUUAAUUGCUUGCUCCAAGGCUCCAAUCUACGAAUAAAAUGCAUUACAAUGUAGGCAUAAAAUAAGUAUAUAUUGCUAAGGCUCCAAAUUUUCUGCAUAUUCCGUCUUUACUCACGAAUAAGCGCUGAUGUUCAUGUAUCCAAACAGAACUCUGGUUCAUUGAAGCAUAAUCCAGACGCCGCUGUACUCUGCAAUGGCCGGGCGGAGUUCCGUGCUGAGGAACUGGACGAGACAUCGGAGGCAAAUCGGGCGGCUUCAGUAAAAACGGAAGGUCGGGGGCAGCAUGAGGCGGACGCAGAUCCGGAGGUUAUUUCAAGGGACGAGGAGACGGGAGAAAGCAGCGGAGCAACAACUCCAGCCAUGGCUGCUAUGUCACCCAGGUGCGAACCCAGCCCUGUCACUGCAGCGGAAGCCAAAAAGAAAGAACCUGCAGGGAAGGAGACGCCCCAGGAGGCGGAGAAAGAGGAGGAGGAGGAGGAGGAGGGAGAUGAGGAGUUGCAGACGGUAAUGGAAUCUAAUUGGCCUAUUUGCUAA